AUGACCAAUGAUUGCACCCAAAGAAACUCCGAUUCAGACUCCGCUGCUCUCGGUGGCUGGGGCCCGAAUGUCGGUUGGUCGACCUCUCCAACGUCUCCAGGUUUCCGAAUGGCCCUGCCCACGCGAGGCCGCGUUAUCGUCGACACUACCGUCGGGGAAAUCGACAUCGAGCUAUGGUCCAAGGAAACCCCGAAAGCAUGCAGGAACUUCCUGACCCUAGCUAUGGAAGGCUAUUAUGACGGCGUCAUAUUCCACCGUGUUAUUCCCGGUUUCCUGGUUCAAACAGGCGAUAGGACGGGCACAGGUUCUGGGGGAGAGUCCUUUUAUGGAGGCGAGUGCGUCCUUGAUGAAAUCCACCCCCGUCUGCGGUUUGCCCACCGCGGGCUGGUGGCGGUGGCCAAUAAUGGGACUAAAAAUUCGAACGAUUCGCAGUUCUUCAUUACACUAGACCGAGCGGACGAGCUGCACGGGAAGCAUACGUUAUUUGGCCGCGUGCUGGGCGACACAUUCUUUAAUGUCCUCAAAAUCGGCGAAAUGGAGCUUGAUGACCAUGAGCGUCCGCUAUACCCACCCAAAAUCAAGACCAUCCGCAUCGUGGAUAAUCCAUUUGACGACAUCGUCCCACGUAUCACGGCAGAAGAGAAACGCGCCCAGAAGCGAGCCAGGGAAAACGCUCAACGAGAGCGGGAAGAGGAGAAGCUGCGACGUGGCGCGAAAAAAAAUGUCAAAUUGCUGAGCUUCGGUGUGGAGGCCGUUGAGGAGGAGGAGCCCGUCGCGUUCAAGAAGAAGCCCAUCGUGCGUCCCGACUUGCUGGAACCAGAACAGCCCAUACCCAUGCCAGACUUCGUAGCCCCGCUUGUGAAAGAGAAACCGGCCAAGAAAAAAGAGCGUUCCGAAGGACCAGAUGCGAGCAAGUCCGAGUCGCAGCUAAGCAGCAAGAAGAAGCCCUCGAACGAGGAUGUCGAGCUCACCAAGAUCCGCGAAAGGCACGCACAGGAGCAGAGCGCGCAGACCACCGCGCGCCAGAACGAGAUCGCGAAAAUGGAGGCAGAGAUCCGCAAGCUCGCGCGGCGCGGCGGGGGGGACGACGACAGCGACGACGAGCCCGCGCGGAAGAAGGCGAAGGCGUCGGUGCUCCAGGAGGAGACGGCGCGCUACGCGAAGGGGCGCGGGCUGCACAAGAAGGGCAAGCGGCGCGACGAGGGCGACGUGCUCGCCGCGCUGGACAGCUUCCGCACCAAGCUCAGCCGCGCCGCGCCAAGUCCCGCUGGCGACGCGGGCGAUGGCGACGGAGCAGCCGGCGCGGGCGAGGAGGGAGUACGGCAGGACGAGGAGGGGGUGGAGGUGGACGACGACACGGACUUUAUGGCGCACGCGCUGCACUUCCCGAAGGACAACAACGAAGAGGUCGCGAAGGCAGAGCGCGACUACGAGGUGAUCGACCCGCGCAAGCGGGGCGCGCAGGCGCGGGAGGAGGAGCGCGAACGGAAGCGUGCGGCGCAGAGGACGAAGGGCGGGUCGCGGGCGUACAGGCGGUAG